GCGUUAGACACAUGAGGAAUUAAAGAUAUUGCAUUUUUUGUAAAAUUCCUGACAUUUAGUAAACCUUAUAAAAAUGUCUUUGAAAAUGCCAAACUUUCAAGGUGCCCCCAUAAUUUUAGGGACGCAUCGCCUCUUCACUCAAACAGUGGUCGAUUCAGUGUACAAUUUAAGGGCUGCCGACUUUUAUGGAUAUUCGGGCCCCAUGCUCGAGAGGAAUUCAACUCUGCCAGGGAUUGCCAAAAUUGCGGCAGAAUUUUCAAAAUUUUGUAAUUUUACCCCCAUUGUUAAAGAACUUGAUGAAUUAGGAAAAUCUGAAAAUUUUACUGGGGCCGUGAUACCGUUCGUGGUUGGAAGUGUUGUCUCAAAAACGAAGAAUUGUUGCGGGGGGCAUAUUGAGACUAGUGUUUCCCUCUCGUUUUAUCACGAAUUUAAUUUCGCGUAUUGCGAUUUCAACCGGGAAAUUGUGCCGAAUGAUGUGUCUUUGUUGUUAUAUCCGAUGGAUUCGAUGACUUGGAUAUUUCUGCUAGUUUCUUCAAUGUUACUUUGUAUUUAUUUCAUUGUUGGGGGGAAACUGAGAAAGGGGUGGGAAGAUAAAAGUGGCGCUAUCUUUUCAGUUUUUGCCACGUACCUUUUAUUUAAUUGGAAAACCAGGACUACAAAUAAUUCGGGUCUUUUAAUCCUCUGGAGUUUUGUGUUUAUCGUGUUGAAUAAUUGUUACAGUGGAGUGCUAACGAGCUUGCUAGUAGCACCGUUGCAGCUGGACGUUAUCACUGGAGUAAAGGGGCUAGUUGAGAAAAAGUAUAAUUUGACGUUUGGAACGUUCGGAGCUUUCAGUUAUGUUUUAAUUUUGGUGGGAAAUUUGCUAGAGUCGCAGAAAGUAAAUUCAGACAACUCUUCCCUCCCGGGACUCACAUUAUCAACCGCGUUGAAGCUCCCCACGUUACCCGAAUUCAUAGAAACGGUGGCAUUUACGCCAAAAACAGCAACGUUCGGACCCUGGGAAUAUUCUUCACAACUUUGGAACACUCUUCAAAAUCGGAAUGACGAAUACAACGCAAGAACCAAGCAUAAAUCGAAGCAAAGGUCAUGCCACAUUGGGAGGGAGUUGAGUUCACAGGAUGCAAACCCGACCUUCUGGAUUUUCAAAUUUCCCGGGAAAGAAACUACCUCCCGGGUGUCACAUGCCUUCAAUAGAAUGCACUCCAGUGGGAUCCACGAUUAUUGGAUGAACGUGUUCUUUUGGAUGCAGGCAUCCCCACGUGCGCAGGAUGUCAAUAAGUAUAAAUCAAUUUCAGAAGUUAAAUCCACCACGGGGGGUAAAGUGUGGCCCUUAGGGUUUGACAGGGGUUCGGUCUCCGUCGUUUUCAGAAUCUAUUUGAUUUGCAUUGCUGGAUCAGGACUAGUGUUUGGGUUAGAGUUUGUUAAAUUUAGUUGGAUAAUUACUACAAGAAUUUACAAAUUGUUUACUAUUUAAAUAGUUUUAUCACUUCAAAACGUGACCCUAGUAUCAAACGUUACAAACGCGGCAACAAAUUUUAUAAUUUCCCAAACGUAACCACUAAUUUUUCUAAAAAUGUUGUAAGACAUUCCUCAUUUUCUUUUAGGCCUUGAUAAUGAAUGGCAGAUAGGAUUUGAAAUAAUGACGAAUAAAGCAAAAUUUUUCUAAGUUU